GCUGACUUCUUUCUUUGCUGUCUUCCUGGCACCUGGCCAAUCCGAAGAGAUAUUUGCGGCUGACCGUGCGUAAUAGACACCUUGUGUCGCACGGCGGUUAACGUACGUAUCCAUAUAUACAUAUACCAAUUGAACUGCUUGCGAGACAUGGCCCGCGGCAACCCCUACGCGCGCGGCGGCGAUGUCAUGAAAACGCGCUCGGAGAAGCGCAAGGAGAAGCAGGCGAAGCUCGCGAAAACGAACCGCGUGAUUCGCCUCAAGCGUCGCCUCGGCCGCAUCGCCGCAAGGAAGUUUGCGGGGCAGGAGGACAGUCACACGACGGCGCUGAUGGAGUCGUACAUCUUGCGCCGAAAGGCGGAGCGGGCCGCGGAGAAGGCGGCAGAGGCACAGAACAAAGACGCCACUCGUGGGAAUCGAGGAGCAGCGGCGGCAGCAACAGGCGCGAGUGAUGGCGAGGCCGAGGAGGAAGAGGAGGAUGAGGUUGAAGCAACGGAUAGCGACGCCUUUUCGUCGGGGAGUGGCGGCGAGGAUAGCGCGUUUGAGGUGGACGACGACGGAGAGGAGGAGGAGGAAGAGGACAUUGCGACCUCUCGUCGGAGAGCGGCCGAGGCCAAAGGACAGCGUCGAGCUUCUCGUGGUGCGUUCCGUGGUGGUCGAGGCGGCGGCGCGUGGGACUCCAAACGAGGUUCGACAGCGGCGCCGAAGUCGCGCGGUGAACACGGUGUCGCUUCGAGCUUUCAGCACGGACGUGGCGGACGUGGCGGCCAACGCGGCUCGACGCAGCGUCGGGCUAACACUAGCAGCUACCAGCAGCGGUCACAAAAAGUCCCCACCCGUUCCCUGUAUUAA